GGAUAUCCUUCGGGGGAUCCCCGGUGGAGAUCGAACAUCGCUUGAAAAAAGGGGGGGAAGCAGUUCGGUCGAUCAACUUCGACCACAGCCGACCACCACCAACAAGAUGAAGCGAACCAACCCAGAAUCAAGACCAUCAUUCGGUCAACACCAUGAAACUACAAACACCAACAACAACAACAGAAGCAACCCAAACAACCAGCGCACUAACCCACAGGAUAACCCACAAGCAUCACUACAGACAUUCCGAGCUGCAACUGCCUCCAAGAGGAACCGGAUUCAUCAUCAACCACCCAGCCCAAUCGAAGUAGAAGAACCACCAUUGACUACCCUAUCAAACUCAUUCAAUCCGAUCAAGACAGAACUACCCACUGCUUUCGUCCUCGGACUCUCAUCAACUGGCCCUCAACCCAUCCAACCCUUGUUACCCCAAAUCAACUCAAUCUUCGAAAUCAGUAAAAUCUCGAUCAGAAAUUUAAAGAAGAGACCACAGGACACUUGUGGUGCCCCAUUGGAUGGAUUCUAUCAAAACUCACUCUCCAACUUACGUCAUGCGCUCGAUGAUAUCCUCCAUGUCCCACCAAAACCUACUGAGACGAGUCUCACGACACUAUCAGAAGCCUGUCAAGGACUCGUACUAGCUGGACCUCGAUGGUGUGAAAGUCUGUACAAGCAAGUCAAGGAUCAAUUAGAGAACAAGACGCUAGAGAUCAGAGCUUACCUCUUGGAAGGCAUGCCCACCCACCCAGUCAUGGACGCCUUGCUCUCCUCUAAUUCGGUGGAUAUCAUCAAGGCUAUUGCUUCCUUCGAUCAACCUCCUUGUCACGCUUGGUUGGAAAAAACUCACGCUGUUUGGCACGAUUGGUAUCAUCAAUUGCGCCUCAUUCGUAGCAUGCUAGUCCAUCUCGAUCGUUUCAUUCUCGCUCGAUCUCAUGAAAUGCUUCCUAUCUGGGAACUUGGAUUAGAUUUAUUUCGUAAAAACGUGAUUGGACGACCAUGGAAUCCUAUCUCGCUUUCAUUAUCGGUCGUGAUUUGUCAGCAGGUCACCCUUGAGCGAUCGGGCCAAACGAUUCCAGUUGGGCUUCUUCAGUCGUUAACUCAGCUGGUAUUCACGGCCUUUGGGGCGACAGGAUUUACCAAUCUAAUCAGCACGUCCUUGCAAAAAGCCACCGAAUCCUUCUACACUCAGGAAGGCAUGAGACUGAUCCAAGAUGUGGAGUCGAAUGUCUUGAGCGUCGGAGGACCGGCGGGAUACUUGAGUCACAUCAAGAACCGACUCGAGUCGGAGGUCGAGCUCUUCAACAAGAUCUUCACGACCCCCGAUCGAGCCCUGAAUGCACAGCUCCUCAACAGCAUACUCCGGCUCGUCGAGUCUAACUUGAUUCUCGUCCAUCUUGAAACAUUACUCACUCACGGACUCGUCCGACUCUUGGAAAGCUUCCCCGACCCGAUUGCGGCCACUUCCUUGUUGACAUUCUAUAAGCUAUUGACCAGACUUGGCGAGCCACCGGUGCGACGACUCCGGAAGAGUUUCUCCGUUUGGAUCAAGGCAACGGGGGCCAGGAUGGUCGAGAAGGCCAAUGGAGGAGAGGAGGAAGAAGCCAAACGCGAUGCAGGAAUGGUCGAACGACUGAUCGAAUUUAAGACCAAGUUGGACGGGAUCGUCGUGGGUUGUUUUGCUGAGGACCGGGAGAUGUUCUUUGCGAUCAAGGAGGCCUUCGAGACCUUCAUCAAUCAACGUUGUAAUAAACCCGCUGAACUGAUCGCGAAAUAUCUCGACCUUAAGAUGCGUACGGCGUCUCGCUCGAUGAAUGAGGCGGAAAUCGACACCUGUCUCGAGCAUGUCCUCGUCCUCUUUCGUUACUCUCAGGCUAAAGAUAUCUUCGAGGAAUUCUAUAAACGCGAUCUUGCUAAACGUCUCUUGUUAUCCAGAUCUAGCUCUAUCGAUUUGGAAAGGAACAUGGUGAUGAAGUUGAAAAAAGAAUGUGGACCAGGGUUUACGGCGAAGUUAGAGACAAUGUUCCGGGAUUUAGAGACGUCGAAUGAUUUGAAUAUAGCGUAUGAGAGCGUGUUGGCGAGGGAAGCUGGAGGGGAAGAACGAAUGGAAGAAGAAGAGGAAGAAGGAGACAGGGUAGAGUUAACGGUGACGGUAUUGACGUCAGGAAGCUGGCCAAUGAGUCAAGCGAGCGAGCCGAAAGCCCUCCUACCCACUCACCUACAAACUCAUUUAAGCCGGUUCGAAAAGUUCUAUGGUUCUAAAUACCUCGGCAGACGAUUGACUUGGGCCCACUCCUUGGGCCAGGUCGUCCUGAUCGCCUCGUUUCCUAAGAAUAAUAAUAACAUGACCAAUUCUCGACCCCCCGCGUCUUUUGUUCAUGCCGCUACGACCCGUAAGGAACUCACCGUCUCGACUAUUCAGGCCCUCGUGCUCUUGCUGUUCAAUGUCGACACAGAUAAUCUCUCGAUUGACUUUCAAUCUAUUGUCCAAAGAACUGGAAUCGAUGAGAAAACGGCAGCUAGAACUUUACAAUCUUUGGCGUGUGGAAAGGUUCGAGUGUUGGUGAAGAAUCCGAAGUCUAAAGAGGUCUCCAAGACCGAUCGAUUCACGUUUAAUUCGAACUUCAAGGACGAGCAUUUCAAGAUCAAGAUCAACCAAAUCCAAUCCAAAGAGACCGUUGAAGAGCGAAGCUCUACACGAGACAAAGUGGUGACGGAUCGCGCUACUUUGAUCCAAUUAUCGAUCGUCAGGAUCAUGAAAUCGCGCAAGAAAUCUAAGUUCAAUCCGCUCCUCUUCGAGGUCAUCGAGGGCUUGAAAAGCCGGUUCCAGGUCGACGUCAAAGACGUCAAAUUGGCUAUCGAGAACCUUAUCUCUAGAGAUUAUUUGGAAAGACUUAGUGUCGAUGAGUUCCAUUAUUUGGCUUGAAGAAUCGGCUUCUUUUCUUUCUAUUCUUUCAUCAUCAUCCAUCAUCAGAUCUCAAAAAAAAAAAAAAAACCAAGAGAACAAUCUAGUAAAGGCAAAAUGGUAUAAGGGAGCUUUAUUCCUUGUCGCCAGAAAAAAAAAAGAAGAAGAAGAAUAUCCCAAGUCACUCGGGUUGGGGCAGGGGAAGGCGGAGUAGUUUCUCACUUUCUAGCUGUGCGGAGAUGGUGUCUCUUCUCGUUCACACUGUGCGUGUAUGUAUUUUUACAUUGUUGACCAUGCUACAUAUAUCUAUUGCAAUCUGUUCUUGUCGUCUGUUAUAUCGUGUUUGUUCUUCUUCCUUCAAUCUAUGCUGAUUUGUUCCACUUCCAUAUAUUUAGUUUACAUUAUGAUGAUGAGUACACAGUGAUGUCACAAUUGAUUGUUUGUAUCUCUUCUCGCUAUGAGUGGCUCUACUUCUCCUUGCAUUUUCUCUUAUCUUUGUUGUUUGUACAUGAUCGAUCUGCUGUCUGUACACUUUUUUGCUUUCUCAUAAAUUCAAACUAAAAAAAUGGGUUUUUUGCCAGAUGAAAAUAAAAUCGAACUUUU